CUCGUGUCGCGACUUUUGAACCACUAUAUACACGUAUAUGGUGUCUGUUGUGCUCGACGGCGCCGAGGCGACGUCCGCCUACGUCCCACCUCACCGGCGGAAUCGUCGCGCGGCGGCGGCGUCAAAGAGUCGUCCUGCGCUUCGCGUGGCAGCUGGCAAUCCGCCCGGGUGGCUCUCCGCCUGCGCGUGUGGCAGGGCGGGUGCUCAAAUGUCGAUAUACCCUUCCGCGGAUGGGCACACCGUGGUUCCAGAGAGCGGCCGGAGCCUGCUCGGCACGACAGCGCAGUUCUGCUCGUCCUUCUACCACAUCGAGCCGACGCCCGAGGGAGACAUUCCGGAGCGCUGUCUGAGCGUCGCCGCGGGUGGGCCGCCUUGCCCUCGCAAGACUGUCAUCUGCGUGGCCCGGCUGCAGACGCAGCCGAGACGGUCUGGCCAGGACCAAGCCGUCGCUGCACCUUCUGCCACCGACACUAGUGCUGUGCACGGCCUGGCGGCCAGCACUGCCACCCUGUCCUUGUCGGGCGCCGCCCGCCAAACGGCCGCUUGCACCGCCGCCGCCGCCUCCUCCGCGGAUGCUUCUGCUCCCGCAGCUGCCGACGCGCGCUGGAGCGACCUGUACAUCGCUCGCUACUCCAACUGCUGGAGGGGAUCCUCCGAGUCCAACGUGCAGGUGCUGCACCCGGCGGGUGUGGGCCUCGACUUGCGCGUCGCUUACACCUACCGCGCGCACUGGGAGGAGGGGGGCUACGACUCAAAGUACGAGCCCGCCGUCCUGUCUGCGCGGAGAGGGCUCGCGCUGCUUCGGAGGGAGGGGGUGGCGCUGCAGAGCCUCUCGCCCGCCGACUGGGCGUGGCUUGUCUCGCACUGCGACGCGCCGACGCGGGACGCUUGGGCGCGCGGCGCGCCGCCCUUUGGCGCGGCGGUGGCGGGGGAGAGGAGCCGAUUGGACGCCUUUGUUAGCACCGCACUUGUGAGAUACGGCGGCGACGAGGAUGAGACUGGUGCCAUGCCUCUCUCGUGCGAACCCUGCGCCGGAGGCCCUCUGAGUACAACACGUGAUUGA